CUUUUCCCGUCAUCCCUCGCCCUGCACCCUCAACUCAACAAACUCCUAUGUCCUCGCCUUGUCCCUGAAUACGUGACCCCAAACGAAGACAUCCGCGCCGCCGUGGACGAAAAAGCACAAUGGCGGCAUAGUUCUCUACUCCUCCUCAACAAGACAAAAUGCCUGGACACUUUGACAACGCUAGACGUCCUAUUUGAAACCUCCAUCACAGGACUCAAACUCGUAGGGCAGGAAUUACUGCUUCAACAACACAAUGUUUCUAUCGGCAAAGUGAUAGACACUAACAGCGUAGAGUUUCUAGACGAGGGAAAAUGCAACACGCCUAGUGUAUUGCUAGCAGUCAGUCAUGCAAGAAAAAUCAUCAAAGAAACCUACAGAGCAAGAUUCAACAUGACAGAAGACCAAACUAGACGGCUCGAUCUCUUUGACUGUGCGACCAGGAUGCUGGAAGCCAGCGAGCAGUUUUGCGUGCUGCAGAGACAGUGUAGAGAGUUGAUUGGUUUGGUGAAGGAAGAGCAGGAUUUACCAGUGGGGUUG